GAAAAAAAGAAGAGGAAGAGAAAGAGAGAGAGAGGGAGAGGGCAUAGGAAAUGGCGAAGAGAAAAUGAAGAACAAGGUCUCCCUUCUUGGCUUAUCACUCUCAACUUUCUCGUUCUUUACAUCCUUCCUCCUUUCACUCUCUAGAUCUGUAAAAAAAAAACAAGUCUUUCCAUUUUCAUUCUCCUUAUAUCUAUAUACACAGCAACACUCAUAUAUAGACCAAUAAACUAAAUAGAGCAGGAAGGAGCUGCUGUGGAUCCAAGAUGAAAGAAUGUGCUGUCGACUGCAGUUGUUAAAAACCAGAUUUUAUCCAACUGUAGCAUCAGCUUUUGUAUUAGUUGGAUCACCACCAUGAACAUGAAUCAUCUGAUUGUUGAAAUUGAAGAUGCUUUUGCUAGCUUGCUUGAAAUAGCGGCCAACAAUGACAUAGUGGCGUGUAAAAGAUCGAUGGAGCAUGAUUUAUCCAGUAUUCAUGAGGUAGGACUGUGGUAUGGACACCAAAAGGGCUCAAGGCAAAUGGUAUUGGAGCAUAGAACUCCUUUAAUGGUUGCUUCUACAUAUGGCAGUAUUGAUGUCCUGAAACUGAUUCUGUCAUUACCUGAAGUUGAUGUUAAUCAGUCAUCUGGCCGAGAUAAGAUCACUGCUCUUCAUUGUGCCGCAUCUGGUGGAUCUCUGAAUGCUGUUGAAGCUGUCAGACUGCUUUUAGAAGCUGGUGCUGACCCAAACUCUGAAGACGCCAAUGGCAAUCGUCCUCAGGAUGGCAUUGUUGUAUUUCCAAAGUUUCAGUCAACGAAAUCAUCCCUGGAGACCCUUCUUAAAAGUGAUGCAAUGGGAAAGUGCAGCCUGAGGGUGUCAACAGCCACAUCAAACUCAAAUUCUCCACCACCUUUGCCUUCUCCUGGAAAUAGAUCACCUUCUUCUGCUUCAGACUCAAUUUCUACUCCAAGGAGUGAAAAAACCAAUGACACCCCUGUAUCUUGUACAUCAGAGAAGAAAGAGUACCCCAUUGACCCCUCUUUGCCUGACAUCAAAAACAGCAUCUACUCUACAGAUGAAUUCAGAAUGUUCUCGUUUAAGAUCAGACCUUGCUCUCGUGCAUACAGUCAUGAUUGGACUGAAUGUCCAUUUGUCCAUCCUGGUGAAAAUGCUCGAAGAAGGGAUCCAAGGAAAUAUCACUACAGCUGUGUACCUUGCCCUGAGUUCCGCAAGGGAGCUUGUCAACGAGGGGACAUGUGUGAAUAUGCUCAUGGGGUUUUUGAGUGUUGGCUGCAUCCUGCUCAGUAUCGAACCCGACUUUGCAAAGAUGGUGCAAUGUGCAAUAGAAGAGUUUGCUUCUUUGCCCACAUGCAGGAAGAACUCAGACCCCUGUAUGUCUCUACUGGUUCUGCUGUUCCCUCACCUCGCUCAAAUACCUGUGCUGUGAAUGCCAUGGAUUUUGCAGCAACCAUGGGCCUUAUUCCAGGUUCUCCUUCGUCAGUCCGUGUCAUGUCCCCAUCAACUUUCACUCCUCCAAUAUCUCCGUCUGCUAAUGGCAUUUCAAACAUGGGUUGGCCUCAACCAAAUGUUCCAACAUUGCAUCUUCCUGGCACCAAUAUCCAGUCGAGCCGCUUGAGGUCAUCACUGAAUGCAAGAGACUUGUCAAUGUUGCCAGACUUUGAUGUGCAUCAACAGCAGUUUCCAAAUGAAUUCUCCUGCCUAUCACAGUCCAGUGUGAAUACAAAUUCCUUGAACCGUUUAGUUCAUCCUAAGACCCUAACUCCUUCAAAUCUUGAGGAUUUGUUUUCUGCGGAGAGCUCAUCUCCUAGAUAUUCUGAUCAGGCAUUAGCUCAAGCAGUUUUCUCCCCUACCCAUAAGUCUGCAGUUCUGAAUCAAUUCCAACAGCAGAGCAUGUUAUCUCCCAUUAAUACAAAUUUUUCACCAAAAAAUGUAGAUAAUUCUCUAUUGCAGGCUUCGUUUGGGGUUCAAACGUCGGGAAGAAUGUCACCCCGAGGAAUGGAACCAAUAUCACCUAUGAGUUCCCGUGUGUCAAUGCUUGGUCAACGUGAGAAACAGCAGCAAUUUAGGAGUCUUAGCUCUCGUGAUCUUGGUUCCACUGCUUCUGCAGUUAUUGGCUUUCCAACAGAUACUUGGUCCAAGUGGGGAUCCCCUUCUGGAAAUGCAGAUUGGGCUGUCAAUACCGAGGAGUUUGGUAGGCUAAAGAGAUCAUCUUCGUUUGAGCUUGCUAACAAUGGAGAAGGGCCUGAUCUGUCGUGGGUUCAAACUCUCGUUAAAGAAUCACCGCAGGACUUGAAAGACAAAGCUGUAUCUCGUGUCUUAGGUCUCUCAGGUUCUAGUGAAGAUUCUACUUCAAAUUCCCAGAUUGAGAAAUUCGAUCAAUUGAGUGCGUGGAUGGAGCAAAUGAAACUUGAUAAGCUAAUGGCUCAGUAAAAAAUCCUCAUUUUCAUCUUACUCGGUCUUGGCGUUAUCAUAACAUUAGGUUUUGGUAAAUUUAACCGUUCUUAUGAUUUCUUCAUGCUGGCUUGUGAGCAGGACUAGUGUAAGCAAAAAAAUUUUGAAGAAAAUUUACUUUUUCUUUAUUAUUUUAAUUAUUUAUUUAAAGCAGGUAGUAGAAGAGGGGUUAUUGAGAAAUGAGACAGUGUAGGUGAUUUUACUUCAAUAUUACUACUGUUUAGUCUCUUCGCCAAAAAGUUGUUACCUUUAUUUCAUUAGACUGAUAUUUCAUUGUACUGAAAAAGGAAUUGUCAGCCUUUUAUGACAAUUCAGAUGAAGUUAUUUCAUUUUCAAUUUUGUUAAUGUUUUCUGACUUUUGGUACGACCAUUAUUUUAACAAGGAAAAAAAACACACAG